CCAAGGUGAGAAGGAGAACCCGAUGAGGGAGCUGCGGAUCCGCAAGCUCUGCCUCAACAUCUGCGUCGGAGAGAGCGGGGACAGGCUCACCCGAGCGGCCAAAGUGCUGGAGCAGCUGACGGGCCAGACUCCCGUCUUCUCCAAAGCACGAUACACUGUGAGGUCCUUUGGAAUCAGGAGGAAUGAGAAGAUUGCUGUUCACUGCACGGUUCGUGGGGCCAAAGCAGAGGAGAUUCUGGAGAGGGGGUUGAAGGUGCGAGAAUACGAGUUGAGAAAAAACAACUUCUCAGACACCGGGAACUUUGGCUUUGGAAUCCAGGAGCACAUUGAUCUGGGCAUUAAAUACGAUCCCAGCAUCGGCAUCUACGGCUUGGACUUCUACGUGGUGCUGGGCAGGCCUGGGUUCAGCAUUGCUGACAAGAAACGCAGGACUGGCAACAUUGGAGCCAAGCACAGGAUUGGGAAGGAAGAAGCCAUGCGCUGGUUCCAGCAAAAGGUAAAAUCCAGCUUUCUUUUGGUAUCCCAAGUUUCCUAGCAAGUGUCAGCAAAAGUAUGAUGGCAUAUCCUUCCUGGUAAAUGAGAAGUUCUGUUACCAAAAAAGUAAAUAAAAUUUUCUAACCCC